AGAAGGUGCAGAGCUGUCGCCUAGGACCCGUCCGGGAAGGUGAUACUGGGGCUCGGGCACAUCCCGGAGGCCGCCCCGCCAGGAGAUGGUAUUGACAUGCUGGAUUUAACCUCAUGGAAAUUGAAUGUGCAAACACAACUUAAGUGCUUCAGGAAAUCAACAUUUGAGUUCGUAGCAUAUGGAAGCUGCAUAGUUUGAAGCACCACAUAAUACCAGGACUCUUUCUUAGAAAUGGGCUUCUGUCAGCCCAAACAGAGUGGCCGCCCCAGAUUGCACUCCAUGUUUAGCAGCGGUUUAUAGGAUAAUCAAGGUGCACAAACUACAGUGUCCAUGAUGCAGAAGGCGGGGAUCCCCGAGGUCCUUCGCAGUCCUCGUGCACAGCUCCUACUGGUUAACUCUCUGACUUGUGGUCUUGAAGUUUGUCUAGCCGCAGGGAUUACCUUUGUUCCACCUUUGCUUCUUGAAGCUGGAGUGGAGGAAAAAUUCAUGACCAUGGUACUAGGUAUCGGGCCCAUUCUUGGUCUCUUAGUUGUACACCUAAUAGGCUCUGCAAGUGACCAUUGGAGCAGCAGAUUUGGCCGUCGGCGGCCCUUCAUCUGGCUUUUAUGUUUUGGAGUAAUACUGUCCCUCAUUAUCAUUCCUUUUGCCAAACAUUUCGCCAGCCUUGGAGGUCACCACUAUGCCGGCAUGGAGGUGUUCUUCCUUAUAUUGGGUGUUGGGCUGCUAGAUUCCUGUGCACAGGUUUGUUUCACUCCUUUGGAAGCACUGCUCUCUGAUCUCUUCCCUGAAGGAGAAGCCUGCAGAAAAGCCUUCUCAGUGUACGCCUUAACUGUUGGACUAGGAGCAUGCAUUGGAUUCCUUUUGCCUUCUGUGGACUGGAGUGACAGCUGGCUGGCACACCAGUUAGGUGGGCAAGAACAGUGCCUUUUCACACUCCUACUUAUUAUAUUUUGCGGAUGCAUUUUUGCUACAUUCUUUGUUUCCGAAAAGGUCUGGAUAAAUGCUGGACACUCAGAUAUAGAACCAGCAGGCAAGGGUUGGACUUGCACAAGAACAUGUCACCUUUGGUCUCUACCACACAGGGUUUGGCGAAUGGCCCUAGCGCUGCGAAGUAUGUGUGCUCUGGUAUCCCGCUUCAGGACGUUUUGUUGCAGAGUUCCUGUCGCUCUGUGCCGCUUGUUUAUGGCCCAGCUGUGCUCAUGGAUGAGCCUUAUGACCUUUUCUCUCUUUUACACUGACUUCAUUGGGGAAGGACUUUAUCAUGGUGUGCCAAUAGCAGAACCGGGGACGGAGGCUAGACUUCAGUAUGAUGCAGGAGUCAGAAUGGGAAGCUUGGGCCUCUUCCUUCAGUCUGUGACAUCAAUAGUGUUUUCGUUCUCCAUGGAUUACCUGGUGAAGACAUUUGGAACGCGAAUCGUCUACCUGUUUGCGGUUUCCUGCCUCCCGGUUGCUUCAAUAAUCACAUGCUUUUCCCAUAAUAUUACAGUGGUAAUAGCAUCCGCUGCUAUGACAGGCAUCCCAUUUUCUGUACUGCAGAUCCUGCCAUACACUCUUACCUCACUUUAUCAUCAUAACCGACAGGUGUUUCUCCCAAAGUAUAAGGAUGUGGCUGAGGAGGAGAUAAAGGAAAAAGAGCGAAAGCCUGGAUUCAUGGAAGAUGCAUCAAAUAAUAAUAGUGUUGCAAUGUUUUCCUCACACUCCCCAUCUAUGUGCAUUGGUCCCUCCUGUGACAACUCUGUCAUGGUUGGAGGACCUACUACUCCAAACAAUGGGAUAUGCUUGGAUAUGGCUAUACUAGACAGUGCCUGUCUUUUGUCUCAGGUGGUCCCCUCCCUAGUUAUGGGCUUCAUCGUACACAUGACACAGACGGUGACCGCCUACAUUGCAUCAGCUGCAGCUUUUGGUUUGAUAGCUAUAUAUUUCUCCAACAAAGUUGUCUUUGAUAAACGUGAUAUAUUAAAGGUUACCCCUCUAUAGGACCAUGGACAUUUUAAUGUUUGACAACAGGUACAUUAUUUAUUUUGUAAAUUAAACCACUAUAUUUCCCAGGGUGGAUUUUUCCACCAAUACAU